ACAGGGGAGAGUGCUGAGUGCAGCAGCAGCUCCUGACAGAAUGACUCUACUCGUGCUAAUAGGAAAUCUCCGCUAUACCAUGAAAACAGAAGUUUCUAACUCUGCCGUGGAUGGACCUAGACCAGUCUGUGGAGGCUUUACGCGGGAAUGCGGUAGUUUAAAUGUGUCUUGGGGAGCAUGAGAAGAGAGGCUGUCUGAGGACUGUCCCCACCAUGCACGCGGUGGACAUAGCGUGUACCCUGUUGCUGUUAGGGAUCAUCGUGGUGUCACUGCUGUCCAAUGUUGUGGUGCUGAUUUGCUUUUUGUACAACCCUGAAAUCCGUAAACAGGUGCCUGCACUCUUCAUCCUCAACCUGACGUUGUGUAACCUGUUGCUGAGCGUGUCCAGUAUGCCGCUGACCGUAGUGGGACUUGUCACUACCGGACAUCCCGGAGGAAGUGUGUUAUGUCAGCUGGUGGGAUUCCUGGACACUUUUCUCACCACAAACUCCAUGCUGAGCAUGGCGGCGCUCAGCAUAGACCGUUGGGUGGCCGUGGUGUUCCCGCUGAGUUAUCACUCCAGGAUACGGCACCGGGACGCUAUCAUCGCGCUUGGAUACACGUGGAUCCAUUCGCUGUGUUUUUCUGCUGUGGCCACCUGGCGUUCGUGGCUUGGGUACCAUCACCUUUACGCCUCGUGCACUAUGUGUAAUUCACGAGGCAAAGCCUCAGGAACACAGUAUGUGGUCUUCACUGUCCUCCUCCACGCGCUCAGCUACCUCCUCACGCUGGUGGUGCUGUGCGUAACCUACAUGAAGGUGCUCAAAGUGGCCCGGUUCCAUUGUAAACGCAUCGAUGUGAUCACCAUGCAGACACUGGUACUACUUGUGGACAUCCAUCCAAGUGUGAGGCAGCAGUGUUUGGAUGAGCAGAGACGCAGGAGGCAGAGGGCCAUCAAGAAGAUCAGCACCUUCAUUGGCACGUUUGUGGUCUGCUUCACUCCUUACGUGCUUACAAGAAUUGUGGAGCUGUUCUGCCCAGGGCCCAUUGACCCUCACUGGGGCGUGUUGUCCAAAUGCCUGGCCUACAGCAAAGCAGCCACCGACCCCUUUGUCUACUCACUGCUCCGCCAUCAGUACAGGAAGACAUACAGCAACCUACUCAACAAAGUGCUCAAGAGGAGUCCACUCAACGCGUCUCAUAACAGCACAACCAGGAGUUACAAUACAGUCAACAGUGUCCAAAUUGACAAGCUGACGGACCAAUGACAGUCCAGAACACACAGAGACGUGACCAAUCAUAUUGCAGGAUGGAGUAGCACAAAACAAGCUUGGAGUAUUUAGUUUGUCUGUUGUUUUAUACAUGUGCCAAAAGGUUUACAUUUUAGAUAGAAGAUAAUUUUAUAAGUAGUUUAAAUACAGCUUUUAAAGUGUAAAAUGUUGUAUUUGGUAAGUAAGGGAUAAAUAAAAAUGUUUAGGAUGUCUAUUAUUUAAAAUCUUAAAAGUUAAAUUAAGAUCAAUAUUUUGAGCAAUUGUUACCAACAUUAUUUAUUUUGUUUUAAAAGCUGUUUAAUGUUUAAAAAGGAGUUGUGAC